GUUAAUAAUCUUCCGUUUACUUUGUUCCAACCAACCGCAGCAUCUAAUAACUCAACACUGAUUCAAACCUCUUUCCCUUUUCUCACACUUUCUUCCUCAUUUUCUCGCUUUUUCUGGUCAAACUUUCCGAUGGCAUCAGAAUCCACCGACGAAGACAACAACAAAACCUGGGAACACAUCCUCCGCCGUAUGCUUCCCGCCGGUGCACCGUUACCCGACGAAGAACAUCUCGAUUACUCCAUCGCUGUUGAAUACGAAGGUCCUCCUGUUCCUUACGAUGUUCCUCGUGUCGAUCCACUUGAAAUCGGUUCUUCCGCUACUCCGAUUCGUACUGCUUCUAUUUCCUCCGAUCAUUCCUCUUCCUCGAUUCCCGUCGCCAUGCCGGUUUAUCCACGCUUUUCUAGGUUUGGUAGAGUCCCUAACGGUGGUUUCAAUCGCGAAAAUCGAAGUCCGGUUGAGAGUCAAAGAUCGUCUUCCGUUUCCAGAACUCAAUCUCAGUUCGAUUCACGUAGUGGCGAAGUUGAUCGAUUUGAUUAUUCCGGCGAAGUAGCCGCCGUGGACGACGGCGGUAGCUCUGUUUCAGUUUCCGUUUCGUCGCCACCUGUUCCGAGUUCUGCUCCAAUUCCGUCUUCAAUUGUUGAUGGAAAGCGACCUACUACGGUAACGUUUAACGAACCUAGGGAGUUUGAUUCCGAUGGGGGAGACAGUUAUCUGUCGCCGCGGUCGGUUGCAACUGAGCCGGUUGGAUCACCGGUUUCUGCUGCAGUGCGGCAGGGGAAACGAGGUGUUUGUAGUAGGUGUGGGAAUAAGAAUAGGUUGAAAGAGAAAGAAGCUUGUUUGGUUUGUGAUGCAAGGUAUUGUAGUAACUGUGUUUUGAAAGCUAUGGGUUCAAUGCCUGAAGGAAGAAAAUGUGUGAGUUGUAUUGGACAACCGAUCGAUGAGAGUAAGAGAUCGAGUUUAGGGAAGUGUUCAAGAAUGUUGAGUAGAGUUUGUAGUCCUUUGGAGAUUAAUCAGAUUAUGAGAGCUGAAAAAGAGUGUGCUGCAAAUCAGCUUCGGCCGGAGCAGCUUGUUGUUAAUGGUAGGCAGUUGAGGCAGGAAGAGUUGGCUGAGAUUUUGGGUUGUCCGGUCCCUCCUCAGAAGUUAAAGCCUGGGAGGUAUUGGUAUGAUAAGGAUUCGGGACUCUGGGGAAAGGAAGGAGAGAAGCCUGAUAAGAUAAUAAGUUCAAAGCUUAAUAUUGGAGGGAAGCUUCAACCAGAAGCUAGCAAUGGGAAUACUAGAGUUUACAUGAAUGGCCGUGAAAUAACAAAGAUUGAGCUUAGAAUGUUGAAGCUAGCAAAUGUUCAAUGCCCGCGCGAUACCCAUUUCUGGGUUUAUGAUGACGGAUCUUACGAGGAAGAAGGACAAAAUAAUAUCAAGGGGAACAUAUGGGGAAAGGUUCUCUCUUAUCUGAUAAUAGUAGUAUAUACCUUCUGUGCGUCCACUCGUUUCAUCUGUUCAUUAUUCUCUUUGCCUGUACCAUCUACUAAUCCUCCCGGGGUCAGAGACAAUCCAACUAACUACUCAACAAGGUCAGUGGCUGAGUAUUUGGAGCAUGGUAGAGUUCAGAAACUUUUGUUGUUUGGCAUGGAAGGAUCUGGGACAGCUACUCUCUUUAAACAGGCCAAGUUUUUAUAUGGGAACAAGUUUAACGCAGAAGAGUUGCAAAAUAUCAAACUCAUGAUUCAAAGCAGUAUGUACAAGUAUCUCAGCAUUCUGCUUGAAGGAAGAGAGCAGUUUGAAGAGGAAGCUCUGACAGAGAAAGAAUCUACUUCAUUAGAAGGCGAAGGAUCUGGACCUGCAGAAACAGCAACUGAUGAAAACAAACCAAGCAUUUACUCGAUCAAUCAAAGAUUGAAGCAUUUUUCUGACUGGUUGCUGGAUAUUAUGGCUACGGGGGAUUUAGAGGCUUUCUUUCCUGCUGCUACACGUGAGUAUGCUCCUAUGGUGGAUGAGAUAUGGAAAGAUCCUGCUGUGCAGGAAACAUAUAAGAGAAGAGAGGAAUUGCAUAACCUUCCUGAUGUUGCUAAAUAUUUCUUAGAUCGGGCAAUAGAAAUAUCAAGCAAUGAGUAUGAACCUUCUGAUAAGGAUAUAUUAUAUGCUGAAGGAGUUACGCAAAGCAAUGGUCUUGCUUUCAUGGAAUUUUCAUUUGAUGAUAGGAGUCCUAUGACCGAGAUAUACAGUGAGAACUUAAAUAACCCAGCUCCCCAAACCAAAUAUCAACUGAUUCGCAUAAAUUCGAAGGGACUACAUGAUGGCUGCAAAUGGUUGGAAAUGUUUGAAGAUGUGAGGAUAGUCAUUUUUUGUGUUGCCCUCAGUGACUUCGACCAAAUGUGGCCUACUAGUACUGGUAAGCUUCAGAACAAAUUGUUAGCAAGCCGAGAUCUUUUCGAGAGUCUGGUGAAACAUCCUUGUUUUAAAGAAACCCCCUUUGUGCUUCUACUAAAUAAGUAUGAUGCCUUCGAAGACAAGAUAAACAAAGCUCCUCUGUCAACUUGUGAGUGGUUUUCGGAUUUCUGUCCUGUAAGGCCCCAUCACAACAAUCAUGUCUUAGCACACCAAGCAUAUUACUAUAUAGCUGUGAGAUUCAAAGAGCUUUAUUAUUCCUUAACUGGCCAGAAGUUGUUUGUGGGGCAAACUCGAGGUCGGGAUCGUGUCUCAGUUGACGAGGCAUUCAAGUACAUUAGGGAGAUCAUCAAAUGGGAGGAUGAGAAGGAUGAAAUGUAUGAAAUUAAUCCAGAAGAGUCAUAUUACAGUACAGAGAUGAGUUCUGCUUUCAUCAGACAGGAUUGAAUUCCCAACUUUGAUAACCCUUGAGCUAGGAUAUUAAACGACGAGCAAAGGAGUCUCGUCGCUCAUAAGAAUUUGUUUGAGAAUUGCAUUUAUGAAGGACUGAGAGGUCAUUUGGCUGGCCUAUGUGAAGUAAGUUGUUUUGUUUUGGUCUCGUAGGAUCUUCUUGAUCAGGUUCAUAUGAUUUUUUCUCCCAUGAUAAAUAAGCUAAUUUGUUUGAGAGGUUGUAAAUUGAGAGGUAAUUUGUUGUCUGUACAGCUUAUAUAUUGAUAAGUGAGCAGCUUAAUUUGAGAAAAAAAUAUAUAUUUGUUCUCCGCGUUAA